AUGUCUCUCUCCGUGGAGGAGCUCGACCAGACGGUCAAGCAAUUUUAUGAAGGUCGCGGUGAAGUGCAAAAGCAAGCGCAGAACACACUCAACCAGUUCAAAGAGAACCCAGAUGCUUGGCUAUUAGUGGACAAGAUACUGCAGGAGGCAUCAUACCCCCAAACCAAAUAUAUUGGUUUACAAGUCCUCGACAAUGUCAUCAUGACAAAAUGGAAAGUCUUACCUAGGGAACAGUGUCUAGGCAUACGGAAUUUUGUGGUCAACUUUAUCAUCCAGAGCUCAAGCAAUGAAGAGAGCUUGAAGACCGAGCGAACCUUCGUCAAUAAGCUCAACCUAGUACUCGUCUCCAUUCUCAAGCAAGAAUGGCCACACAACUGGCCCACCUUCAUCAACGAGAUCAUUUCCUCCUGUCACACCAACCUAUCGAUUUGCGAGAACAAUAUGGCUAUUCUGCGCUUACUUUCAGAAGAGGUGUUUGACUACUCGGCCGACCAGAUGACCGCGGCGAAGACGAAGAAUCUGAAGAGCACCAUGUGCGCGGAAUUCUCGAACAUCUUUCAGCUAUGCUCGGAGGUCCUGAGCACUGCAAAUCAAACAAGCCUGAUAAAUGCCACACUGGAGACUCUGCUACGUUUCUUGAAUUGGAUCCCGCUCGGAUUCAUCUUCGAGACGCCAAUUAUUGACACAUUACGGAGCAGAUUCUUGGAGGCGCCCGAGUUCCGCAACAUAUCUCUCAAGUGCUUGACAGAGAUUGGAGGCCUCCAGAUAGGGUCAUCAUACUCAUACGACGAGAAGCUUGUACAGAUGUUCACGGAGGUCAUGACGACCGUAUCGAAGAUCAUCCCGUUGUCCGUCAGCCUAAAGGAAUCCUACGAGAAGAGUGCCUCUCGAGACCAAGAAUUCGUUCAAAAUCUAGCGUUAUUUUUGUGCAAUUUCUUCUCCGUCCACCUCAACCUCAUCGAGAAUCUACCUACAAGGGAUUUCCUUAAUCAUGCACAUUUCUACCUUAUACGGAUAUCCCAAAUAGAUGAUCGAGAAAUCUUCAAGAUAUGCCUGGAAUACUGGACGAAGCUGGUGCAAGAGCUUUACGAAGAGAUGCAACAACUACCUAUCACGGACAUCAAUCCCCUCAUUAGCAUGAAUUCAAGCGGCCUUGCCAAUGGCGGCGCACCUCACCCCAAUGUCCUAGCCAACUACCCCUUACGCAAGCACAAGUACUCGGAAGUGCUUUCACAUCUACGACAAGUCAUGAUCGAGAAGAUGGUUCGGCCUGAAGAAGUCUUGAUUGUCGAGAACGAUGAAGGCGAGAUCGUCCGCGAGUUCGUAAAGGAGAGUGAUACGAUCCAGCUAUACAAGACGAGCCGAGAGUGCCUCGUCUACCUUACUCAUCUGGAUGUCGUCGAUACGGAGAAUAUCAUGUCCGACAAGCUAGCCAGACAAGUGGACGGCAGCGAAUGGUCAUGGGCCAACUGCAAUACUCUCUGCUGGGCCAUCGGAUCAAUAUCUGGGGCCAUGAACGAGGAGACGGAGAAGCGAUUUCUUGUGACCGUCAUCAAAGACCUUCUAGGCUUGACAGAGAUGAAGCGAGGCAAGGAUAACAAAGCAGUGGUUGCCAGCAACAUCAUGUAUAUCGUGGGACAAUAUCCACGGUUUUUGAAAGCCCACUGGAAAUUCUUAAAGACAGUGGUCAACAAGUUGUUCGAGUUCAUGCACGAGACUCACGAAGGUGUCCAGGAUAUGGCGUGCGAUACCUUCAUCAAAAUCGCCAGCAAAUGCAAGCGUCACUUCGUCGCUCUACAAGCUGGGGAGAGCGAGCCUUUCAUCGACGAAAUUGUUCGGACACUGCGGAAGAUUACACAGGACUUGAGCCCCCAGCAAGUACAUACAUUCUACGAAGCUUGCGGGCACAUGAUCAGCGCCCAAGGCCAGAAGAGUGUGCAGGAGAGACUGAUUGCGGAGCUCAUGUCAUUACCGAACCAGGCUUGGGACACAAUCAUCUCCCAGGCAAACCAGGACCCUACGUGCCUACAGGAUGGUGAAACCAUCAAAGUGGUCGGCAACAUCAUGAAGACCAACGUGGCAGCUUGUACAUCAAUUGGCAGUUACUUCUACCCACAGAUCGGACGCAUAUACAACGAUAUGCUGUCAAUGUAUCGAGCUACAAGUCAGAUGAUCUCCGACAGUGUAGUCCGAGAUGGUAUCAUUGCAACGAAGAUGCCCAAAGUCCGUGGCCUUCGAACCAUCAAAAAGGAGAUCUUGAAGCUUAUCCAGAUAUAUGUUGAGAAGGCUGAUGAUCUCGAGGCGGUCAAUGCUAACAUGGUUCCCCCGUUGCUCGAUGCAGUAUUGGUCGAUUACAAUAGGAAUGUCCCUGAUGCUCGAGAUGCUGAAGUCUUGGACGUGAUGACCACAAUCAUUAGCAAACUAAACGGACUCAUGUCCGACAAAGUACCGACUAUCAUGGAAAAUGUCUUUGAGUGCACUCUCGAGAUGAUCAACAAGGACUUCUCCGAGUAUCCUCAGCACCGAGUGGAGUUCUUUAAGCUGCUAAAAGCAAUCAACUUGUUCUGCUUCCCUGCCCUCUUGAAGCUCGAUGGACGGCAAUUCAAAUUCGUCAUCGACUCAUGCAUGUGGGCAAGCAAGCACGACAACCGGGAGGUGGAGAAUACGGGCUUAAGUAUGUGCAUCGAAUUGAUGGACAACAUGGCGGAGCACACCGAUGCACAGACAUCGAGCAUGUUCUUCCAACAAUUUUAUAUCACUAUCUUGCAAGAUGUCUUCUUCGUGUUGACCGACUCGGAUCACAAAGCUGGCUUCAAGCUGCAGUCGCUUCUGCUCUCACGGAUGUUCUAUUUUGUGGAAACCGGAAAGAUUACAGAACCGGUCUAUACCCCAGAGCAAUCGCCUGCUGGCACAUCAAACCGACAAUUUCUCCUGGACUUCAUCGGUCAUCUGCUACAAAGCGCAUUCCCGAAUCUCCAAGUUGUACAAAUCCGACAAUUUAUUGACGGUCUCUUCACCAUGAGCGGCGACAUUUCCAGGUUCAAGCUCCAUAUCCGAGACUUCUUGAUUCAGUUGAAAGAGUUCUCCGACGACAACGCCGAGCUCUACGCCGAAGAUCGAGAACAGGCCCAGCAGGCCGUAAAGGACGCCGAGCGUGAACGUGCAAAGCAAGUCGGAGGUCUGAUCAAGCCUUCGGAGAUUGAUCAGGACGAUGAGCUAUGA